AUGAGUAAUUUGGAAAAAGAAUACACGACUAAUUCCGUUCUGCAUAAUCAUUCUUGGUAUAAUGAUGUUGCUGAUAAGUUAUUGUCUGAAAAUUUUUAUCUCACAGCCCUGGAAUUUUAUGCUGAAUUAACCGAGUGUGGAAAAGAAUUACCAAAGUUAAAAGAUUUUUUUUCAAAUCCUUUAAAUUUUGAACAGGGAUCAUUAAGCAAACAUGAAAUUAUUCAAUCAGAAAAUCUACCGAGAUCAUCGAGUCAAGCUACAUUAGAUAGUUUAGAUUUAACUAGGUAUUCAGAAGAUGGAGAAAGAAGUACAGAUGACAGAGUGGCAGUUUUAGAAUUUGAACUUAGAAAAGCAAAAGACACAAUUAAUGCUUUACGAGCCAAUUUGACUGAAGCUGCUGCUUCAGAAUCUGAAACUAGUAAAAAUAGAUCUCAGAAGGCUAAUUUGAAAGAAUGUUUAUCACCAUUUAACAAAUCUAGUCUUUCCAUAAAAGCACACGAGCAAAGGGCCCUUAAUUUUUUAAUUAACGAAUACCUCUUGUUGUAUGGCUAUAAGUUAACAUCAAUAACAUUUGCCGAUGAAAAUGAAAAUCAAGAUUUCGAAGACUGGAAUGAUGUUGGUUUAAAUUGUGGGAGACCAUUUGAACUCCUUUACAUAUACAGAGAAGGUUUGAAGGGUAUCAAAUCGAAUAUAUGCGUAGAAACAAAAGAAUUUGAAUGCCAAGUGUCAUUAUAUGAUGAAGUUAAACAAAAUUUACAAAUUAAUGAAUUGGAAUCUGAAAUUUCUCAAUUAAACAAUAAAAUAACUUCAAUGGAAUUAGAUUAUUCAAACAGAAUUAGGAAUUUAGAGAAUCGAAAAAUUAAAGAAGAAGAAUCUCAAAGGAGUGAAACUCCAGAUCCUGAAUAUUUUGAAAUUAUAGAAACGGUAAAAUCUGAAUCUGAGACUAAAAGUGAUAAUGGUGAAUGGACUCGAAUAGAAGAAAAAUUAAAAAAGGAAAGUUUAGAUUUAAAAUCUGAUAGUCAAUCUAAUUUUGAAUCUAUAAGUAAUGAUGACAAAGGAGAUGCUCAGUCUAUUUUAUUAGAAAAUGAUGAUAUGCUUUCCGAUUGUAAAUGUCCAAUGGAAAAUUUAGAACAUUCGAUUAAUAAUAAUAAGAAUGAAGGAGAAAAUUUAAAUAGUUUUAGUGAUUAUGCUUGUAAAAGUCUUAACGAAACCGAACAUGAUAAUUGUAGUGAAAUGUAUAAAAGUUUAAAUGAAUCGGAAAAACUUAAAAAGCAGGCGGGAAAAAUGUUUGAUGAUAAAAUUUUUAAUAUUUCAAACUCUAGCAGAAACAUUCCGAGUGAUUUUAAAAAAAAAAUUAUUCAUUACUGUGAUAAUUUAAACGUUUUUUACAGCAAUAAAAAUUUUGAUUAUAAAUGCUUGAAAGCUGAAUUAUUUCAAGAUAUUACUAUUGAUGAUAUUGUUAAAAUUGUAUCAGAUAGUUUACCAAAAAUUAUUCCAAAUGUAAUACUCAACAAAAGAGAGGAAAUUAUUCCAUUGUUAAUAUUGUCCAUAUGUCUUAACGAUGACGCACCUAAAAGAGAUAAACUUCUUAAUUUGCUUUUUAAUUUAAAAAAAAAGCCACAAUCGGAGGAAAGAAGUUUAAUUUUACAAAGUCUUUUGAAAAUAGCUCAGUUAAAAGGGUCAAAUACGGUCGAAAAUGAAAUAUUACCUCAGUGUUGGGAACAAAUAACUCAUAAAUAUCUCGAAAGAAGAAUUUUAGCAGCCGAAUCAUGUUUGGUAUUGGUUCCAUACGUUUCUGAGGCCAUUCGAAAUUCCCUUAUUUUAUCAAUCGCACAGCAAUUACUAGAGGAUCGCGAUGAAAAUAUACGAAAAGUGGCCAUUAAAAUAGUAGCUCUACUUAUCGCUUUGAUUUCUGACGAAGAUAAAUACGAUCAAGUGUCAGAAAUGUGUUUUUUGGUUUUAAACGAUGAAUCAUCAGAAGUUAUUAGAGUAACAAAAGAAUUGUUAUUUCCAUCGUUGGCUCAAUGGAGUUUUUCGAAUAAAAAAAUAUUGUCCAGUUUAUUAUUCAAAUUAUUGUGCAAAAUAAAAAAGGAAAAAAAUUUAAAUUGCAUGUGCAUUGUUGAAAAUUUACUACCUUUUGUCGUUAUGACUGUUGCAAGCUCUGAAGUAUUGCUUUCGAAUCCUGACAAAAAUGAAUGUCUAAAUAUUGACAGGGAAGAAUUUACCACUUUGUGUAAAGGACUUUGCGAUCCGAAAUUAUUUUGUAUGGAACAACCAGAAAAAUUAUUAUCCGCAUUCGAUAAUUACACGUCAAAAUCAGAAUUUAAUUUAUCCGAAUGCCCUGAAUUCGAUUGGAUAAAAGAUAUUUUUGUCUCGUACAUAUUAGAAACUGGGGAUAAUUUUUGGGAGGAUACCGAAGUAUUAAAAAAAUUAAUGUCCACGUUAAGAUAUUUGUGUUUGGGUUUGGGAAAAAGGGUGACCAAUCUCAUUGUAAAACCAGUCUUAUUGGAAAAAUUAAUGGAAUGCGAAAAUGCUGUCGUAUCCGGUCAAGAUUACAAAUGCGCAAUAAUACCUCUGUACUUAGUAGGAGUUUUGUCUACUUUUCCCGAAGAACUUCAAGAAAUGAGCAAUACCCUAAGGAGAUUUAUUUGUGCCUUACCUUUGUGUGGAGUUUCAUUGACUCCUUUGAAAGUCACCGUGGAAAUCCUUUGUCAAUUUCAACCGUGGCAAAUAUUAAUAUUAGACGCGAUAUGGGAAGGCGUAGUUCAUCAGAGGUUGUUGGUUCGAUGCGGAAGCGCUUCCUUGUUACGACAAGUUAUACACCACACACCUGAAAUUUUAAUCAAUACCAAGAUAAUGCCUGCUUUAGUUACUUUAGCGAGUGAUCCAGAACCUUCCGUGAAAGCAAGCACGAUACCAGCGUUAGGGUUGCUAAUCAACUCGAAGGACAAAGCCAUCAAAGAUAAAGUUAACAUGACACUUCAAUCUUUGUUAACGGAAAGCACUUCUUUGGAAAAUUACAGUUUGUUAAUACAAUGCAUCAAAACGCUUGCAUCAAUUUAUGAAAAUUGCGACGUUAAAUUCAGAGAAGAAGUUGUUCUGCCACAAUUAUGUACGCUAUCUUCUUUUGCUCUGCGAUGUAAAGACAAAGAAAUGGUCGAAAGUCUAAUAGAUGCUUUUUCAUUCAUAACCUUUUCACAAAUUCAAGCCUCGUCUCAAAGCGUUUCGAUGAGUUUACUUCCAGCUCUAAGGAAUCUCGACGUGGUUUGCACUCAGUUGAAUAUGACUCAUUCGGAACAAGUUAAUUCGAUGAUGAGAGAUGUGGAACGUCGAUUACCCGGAACGACGAAAGAAAAUUCUUCCAAAACCGUUGCCAAAUCACCGUCGGAUGGCGGUAAAAGGAUGAGCGGCGUCGUGACGACACACGACGUGGUAGAAGACGUCAGAAACAGAGUAAAUAAAAUAUUCAAUGCGAAACCGAACACUCUUCAAAACGUAUCUGGAAUAUUUAAAAAAAAAACGUAA